AUGAUCCGCAAGUCGCUCUUCAGGAGGGUUGCCCGAAGGAGCUUGAGGGGCGGGAGGAUAGUUGGGCGUGGCUCUGCGCUCAUUUUCAGGGCGCCCGAUUAUGUGAAUAAAGCCCAAGUGAAUAAGGGCAAUAGGAAGAAGAAGACUCUUCUCCACCAUUCCGGCUCCAGGCCCUUCUCAUAUAGGAUGGAUGCACGGCGUCGGGGGGGGUCGAAAUUCCCAGAGAUCGACGUCUUUGGUGACGUUUAUGUUCGACCUGGGAAUGAGUUGGCCGAGUCCCUUCAUACGACGAUGGUGGAGAGGAGCCAGUUGGUUCUUCAAGAGUCCGCCUCCCAACUUCCUCCCGAGACUCCGAUCGAGUCUGUGGAUCCUCCGCAUGAUGCUGGAUUUCAGAUUUUGACGCAGACGUUGGAUCAGACUCUCGGGAGGAGGCUGGAACGUAUUGUAGGGGGAUGGGGAAUGCCCGACAGAGGGAACCUCGACCGCGGUCAUCGUCGCAGGCAAACAGUCAGGUGA